AGUUUGAAAUACUUACUAAACUACUCCACUUUUCAAAUAAUUUGAUCAUGGAGAAGUUACAUAAGCAACCAGAUGCUUACACAAGGGAUUACGGUGCGUUCAUGAACGAGCUAAGACAGUUCCAUCAGAAUCGAGGGUCCUAUUUUAGGCACAUGCCACGUAUAAAUGGCAAGGAUGUGGAUCUUUAUUCAUUGUAUAAUCAAGUGACUGCUCAAGGCGGAUGGGAAAAGGUCAACGACAGCCAAAAAUGGGAUGUAAUACUUGAGACACUUGAUAUCAAAGGAUGUGUCAAUGCUUCACUGGCUCUCCGCCAGAUUUAUAUAAGGUACCUUGGUGCAUAUGAAAAAAUUCAUUUCCAUGGAGAAAUACCAGAAAAUGUCCAGUCUACUGACAGUCGUGUUCGCAAGUCUUACACUUCAAUGCUGCACUUCAUACCCACGACUUACAAUUAUGCACAACAUGAAAUUUCAGAAUCCCUUCGAAAAUCAGCUGGUCUGCCACCAGAACUUCCCAAGAAAGAAUACAAAAAGCUGUGUUUAUCUCUUCUAAGUGGACUGCCAAAUGAAGAGGAUUUUACACUAAAUAUUUGCAGCAUCCUUGCAAAUGAAGGACAGCAUGUUCUCCACUUAGAACGGACUCCUCAGUUAGUUACCUUACUGUUGGCACAAGCAGGCAUAUGGUCAUCUGAAGAUUCUCAUCUUCAUAACAUGUAUCUUGAACACUGGAAGGAUUUGGAUGGUAGAAGAAUGGAGAGGUUUUGGGAAAAUAUUCUUAGCAACUCUGAUGCAGACGUGCUCCAGUUGUGGAGAAAAAACAAAGGGAAGAGUCCACUUACAGAUGACUGUUUUUUUAAUCUUGGAGAAAGUCUGGGAACUUAUAACAUUGAAGGACAACGAGUAUUGAGGAUUCUUUUGAUACUGCACAACUUGUCCUUUGAAGAGCAUAACAUCUCUGUUUUAGCAGCGAACUCAAACUGCAUCAGGAUGCUUUUGCUUUGUGUACACUGUGAAUGGACCAGAUUGAGACAGAUAGCCUUAGAUACACUUGGAAAUAUUGCCUCACAGGUUUCUCUUGACAUAGAGAAGGACCCAUUGUCGAGGUUAAUGUGGCGGACAGUGACCGAGGGUAUCUUGGCACAAGAUCGACAUAUCACCAUUAGAUCACUGGAGAUUCUAGCCAAAUUAUGUCAAUCUGAGAAUAGCGAGGAAGUGAUUGCAUCAGAGCUUCAAUAUGAAGUUUGUGAAAGAAUGUUUAUGUUACUAACUAUCCAGGACAUCAUGUUGCUUGUCCAUACUCUUGAAGCAUUGUAUGCAGUCUCUGGUUUAGGUAAAAGGACGUGUGAAAAAAUCAUCAGAGUCCACAAAUGCAUUGCAAUUUUGGUAGACCUGCUAACAUUUGACCCAGAGAACUGUAAAGCAAGUACACACAAAAACUUCAAGCUGGUUGAGACAUUUGAAACAGUGAAUGAACCUGUUUCUCAGAAGACUGUUUCUCGUCCUGGAACUCCUUCACAUGCAGCAUCAUCUGUAACAUCAAAUCAAACAGAGUCAAGAACACAACCUUUGUCAGAAGUGGAUUCUGAGUCAUUUGCAUGCAAUUGGUUGGUGAAUAGGUACGAAAUUAGCUUGGGUCACUCAGUGGCAAGGAACGAUCUGUAUGCUGAGUACGUCACAGCGUGCAACAAAGCUGGACGAAAAGGAGUUGUAAAUGCAUGUGUCUUUGCCAAUUGUGUAAAGAAUACAUUUCCGUACUCGGGUUUACGAAAAGUUGACUCUAAAAAUGGAAUCAUCACUUUUCAUCAUGAUGGGUUAAAAAGAAAGCCAAAUGCUGGAUUUUCAGUUCCUUUAGUAACUAAUCCAGGAACACAUCAAGGAACAGCAGUCACUAGUGGUUCAGGACCAUCUCUUUCUCGUACACCAUCUCCAUGUCCUUCUCCAGUCAUUAAUACCAAUAGUAGUCCAAUUUUGAAGGAAAAGCUUACUUCUACUUGCUCCUCAACCAACUCCAAUCAAUCUCGUCUACAACCCUCACAGAUUUCACCUGGUUUAACUUUUGUCUCAGGUUCAAGCUCUCUAAUAAAAACUUUACUAGCCAGUAAAGUUAACAAGAAUCUUCAGAGAAACCAGCUAUUUACUCAGAAUCCUAAACUUGCACCAGUUUCCAAGACUACUUUAUCUGAGUUGCUCUCUUCAGCUACACAUAGUAUAUUGUCAGAGGAAGCCACAUUAGCUAAUCCCACUUUACAGGUUACCUUACAUCAGUCAAUUCCUUCAGCUAAUUCAGUUACCCAUGCAACUUUAUCAAAAGUGGUCACAUCAGUUAGUUCACCUAAACAGCUUACUUCGUGUUAUUCGGUUGUUCCACUUAAUACAAGUAUACCUGUACAGAUUACAUCGUGUCAGUCAGUUACUCUACCUAAUUCAAAUGUACAGGUAACAUCAACAACGAUGAUAAUGCCUGACAUGACAGCUUCACAGGCUUCUUCAGUUUCAUCUGUCAUACCACUUACGCAAGUAAAUACGUCAAACUCAGUUUCUCCGGCAGAAAGUUUUAGACAGAUGGCCUUUCCUGAAUCAGUUAUACUGGCUACUUCGACAUCACAUGAAAACAUGUCAAACUCACUCAUUUCAACUAGUACAGCAUCACUGUCAAAUUAUGUUAAUUCCCCUAAUGCUUCUUUGAUUUAUGUAAAUAAUACCAACAGUUUAAGUCAUUCCAAUGACAUGCAUACCAGUCAAGAAAGCAAAGAAACUAGCAAUCAGCUAAAACAACAGUCAAAUUCACAGCUGUCUAGUCAUAUUUCCAAUGCUGUUUCUACAAAUCACCCAACCAGUAAAUCAGAAACAUCCAUUGCUUCAUCACAUGUUAAUGGUGUCCAACGGGAUAUCCUCUCAGAGAUUUGUUCAAAAGUAUUUGCUGAUGAUUCAUUAGAAGAAUUCUCAGACUUAGAGAGCUCGGUUGAAAACAGUCAUAAUCAUACAGUGGUAGUUGAUGGCCAGGAUCCAUCAGGAGCAACAGGACAAGAAACAGCUUUCAAUCACCUAUCCAACUGUGUAGUGUCUAGUGGACCUGGAGAUCAUGGUACUCCACAGUUAAAUAGUUUGCCAUUCAAUGUGCAGAUUACCAAAAGUGUUGAUUCUUUACCUUCAAUGACUAAAACCUUAGCCAAAUCUGCAAUUGUUGUUUCAAAUGGAAAUGACCAAUAUGGUGUCACAAAAUUGGUUCUUUCCUCUCCAGUAACUGCAGUGGCCACAAAUUCUGCAUAUGCUGUUACAACUAGUAGAGCAGUAGUCUCAACACCACAAGUUUCUGAGACUGUUGUAAAUGUCACAAAGGAGACAGAGAUCCCAGGUGAGUUUCACAGGAGGCAGCUAGUUAAAGACAAUGUUUUUAAGAGCUCUCCUCUUCUUAAUGGUCUCUUAGAUAAAGGAAAAUCACCUUUACUUGGGGAACAGUUAAUCAGCCUAAAUGCCGAAGCUCAAAAUGGAAGUGGAGAAAAUAGUUGUGUAAGUUCACCAAAGAUUGGUAAUAAUAGUAGUGUUGUGUUAGGAAGAAUAGUUUUAGAUCCAAAAGACAUUAUCAGUGGGGUACCAAAUCUGGUGGGCAUAUCGAACACUGGGUCUGGUACUAUUAUGGCUACUAACCAGGUGAUUGGAUCAGUGGAAAGAUUACAGAUGGGGGAAAUAUCUAACACAAAUAGUUUAUUUAGGGAAUCUGAAACAUCAGUUUCAGGUACAGACUUAUCUUCAUUAUCAGACAUUGCUCAGACUGUUGAAUGUGCAUCCAAAGUCAUAUUGAGGACUAACAUAGAAAAUCAGUGUAUACAGCAGCCUUUAUCUAACACAGCAGUACUUCAGCCAGCCAAUCUUGCUGUGUCUCAAGUGAUUCCCUCAUCUGGAUGCCAGACCACAACAUUUAUUGUCAGUAUUCUCAAUCCGAGCCAAGCACUGCCCACUCAACACCUUUUGUUACGUGCUACAGGAAACUCAGUAGCUAGACUGGAGGAGCCUAUGGAACUUGUGAGACUCCCAACAGUUUCCAAAACACAAAGCUGCCAGCAAAAUGUUCCCAGUAGUCAGAUCUCUGUCAAACGACCGUCCACUGACUGUACCCCAUCUACAGUGUACCCAGCAGACUCUAAACGACCUCGUCAUGAUACUAAAGUAUCAUCUAAAGUUGCCAUAUCAUAUAGUCCAAAAGUUCAGAGUAGCCAAGAAGUGGGUCCUUCCUCAAUCAAAUCCUCUCAAACAGCAAAGCAAAACAGUCACUCUUCCAGGACAGCCUCUUCAGGGAGCAAGUCACGAAGCUCCUCACAUUAUAGUCGUAACAACAAAGAAUUAGAUCCAGUUUCAAGAGAAAAAAAAGGACAGGAUAAACAGUCUUCUUGCAUAACAGCAAGCAAAACAUCAGUGAACAAAGCAACCAACAAAAAACUAGAAUAUAUGUGUGAAUGGAAAGGAUGUGGCAGGACAUUUCCUACCCCUUCUGCUGUGCUGAGCCACAAUGCUAAAUGCCAUGUUCCAGCUGUUCAGGGAAAUUUCCUGUGUCAGUGGGAAAAUUGUGACUCCUUAAAAAGGAAGCAAUUUUCUUUACUCACUCACAUUCAAGAUCACCAUUGCACAGACCAGUAUCUCCAGACACAGGCCUUACGGCGGGGAGAAAUCUCUCAGCGUGGAAAAACAACCAUCCCACCACCCUCGCUUCCUCCCAGACACCCUGGCUAUUCUCCCGAUGCAGCUUUUUUGGCAAUACGCAGGCAUGCUCUUCAGUUUGUGCAGCAAAAAGACAAAAUGGAAGAAGAAGAAAGUCCACUAACCAAAAGCAUCCGACUGACUGCAGCUCUAGUACUAAGAAAUUUGAUCAUCUAUUCUGAGUUGGCUUGCAGUUACUUGAAAUACUAUGAACCAGAGCUAACUCUUCUAGCUAUGUCAUCUAAAGAAGGAGCUCAAAUGUUGAGUCACUGCUUAGCAGAGUUAUCUAAGAGUCAAGACUGAAGUGACAUACAAAACGUGUAGUAAAUCAACUGCAUCAUGUGUGUUGAUGGAACAAGUUGAAGCUUACAUUCCCAUUGGCUUUGAAUAAUAUUACUUUGGGAAGGUAGAUUAUAUCAACCUGUAUCUUCAAAAAUGGAGCUUCAACUAAGAACUUACCACUUGUUUGGAAAACAAGUUAGAGCCAUGGCAUCCUUUAUCUGUGAUGUCAAAAGAAAAUAACAACUCCAAACUUUGUCUUGUAAGAAAGGGUUUUAAAUAUUGGUUCACUUAUUGAAAGAAAUAUUCUAGAAUUAAUUUCCAAGUAGCUUCAGUGUAGUGGACAUAGCUGUAUAAUUUCAGCCAGAAACUUGCUCCGAAUCUAACCUUCAUUGUAUUUAAGAAUGGUUUAUGUGAACUAAUGCUUUUUCAGCAGUGGUUUUGGUUGAUAAUUUCAGUCAAUUUGUGUGAGCUACUGUACUGACUGGAGUUUUAGAAGGAGUAUUCCUGUGUAUAUAUGAAUUAAUAAACAGAAAGUAUAACCACGUGUAGCUCGUUGAAAGUGACUUGUAUUUCAACAGAACUUUUCUACAAAUGUCAGCUGAGAAAGCAAUGAUUCUGGUAAGUUGUUUUCAGUGUUUGUCAUGAGAUGGACAUUCUGGUUUAAACAACUUGGGAAGAAAAAAUUGUUGAACUGGGAAGUUUAGAAACUUUUAUGAUAAUUAAGAGACUCAGAUUUUGAUGAAGAAAGUUGCAAAUGUUAUAUGGAAAACAAAUAUUUAUAUACAUGUAAUGUUUAAUUAUUUAAUUUUCUCUAUGUAAUUAGAUAAUGUACAUGCAAAGAGAAGUUGGGUUCUUUUAUUGAUGUGUCAUAAAAUAAUGUUAGACAAAGUUUUUUAUAUAAAGUUUUUCCAAUUUUAACCAUGGGAUGGUGUUGCCAUUGUGUACUUUUCUGUGGACCAAAAUGGCAUCAUAUUGUUUUGAUUGUGAAAGUUGUCAAACUUGUUGCAUAUGGAGUUGCUUGCAUUUCUUGUACAGUAGAAAUCAGAGGGUGGAAUCCCUUAAAAAUCAUCUUUUUUGUAAACUCUCAUUCUUUUGUGAGUACAAAUUACAUUAUCUUUGGUCAUUAUUACAAUCAUCAAACAGCCAUUUUCAUUUUCUCUCGUUAAAUGUGCAUAAAUACAUUAAUUUCAGUGAUUAAAGAUUUGUAAAGUUUUAUUGGAAAUCACUGCAAUAUUUUUUCUGUUUUUCUGACAAUUCUACAUUUCAUAAUCUAACACACACUGUGGUUUUAUGUGCAUCUGUACAUUUGUAAACCAUUUUGACUCGAUCAUUAUAUAUAUUCUUUUAUGUCUGAAAGAGUAUUUCAUGUGAUUUUAUUGUUGGUAGCUUUUACUAAAGAGGUUAAGAUUUUCCUUUGAACCAGUUUGCAAAGAGUGUACAUAAUAAA